CCUCCUCCGAGCUCUCAUUCCACGGACGACCAUUGAACGUUCAUCUUCGAUACGGAAACCGCAGUUGCGCUUUCGAAAUUAUUUGACUUCAGUCAGUACAUUUCAGUAAUUCUCAGCUAUAUUAUUGAACUAUCGUUUUCUGAUAAAAUUGAGAGACGAUAUCCUUUACAUACAUAAAUCGUUUACGUCAACGUUUUUGAGAACAAGGUUUCAAACGACAGUCGACCUGCCCGAGGCAGAAACUUAAACAAUGGCCAAGGGAACACAGUCUCACUCUGAAAUGGCCCAGGCUCGUCAGAGUGACGGUCUCAAUGUGAUCUUUGAUCAGAAGAGCCCUGCUUCAUCUCGCUCCCGAUCUCAAUCCACCAGCAGCAGCAGCAGCAGCGGCAGCAGCCACUCCUCUGGCUCUCACAGGGGACGUCGCAGCCACAGGGGACGUUACAGCUCAUCCUCGUCGUCAUCUUCCUCUUCUGCAUCUUCAAGCAGCUCAUCCUCUUCUCGCUCCAGGUCUCGCUCUCACCCCAGGUCCCGCUCUCACCCUCGAUGCCACAGACGUUCCUCCCGCUGUCGCUGUGAUGACCAUCGCAGAUAUGGACGCGGACGCCACCGCGCCUCUCCACCACGGCGUUACAGGGCCCACUCUCGCUCAUACAGCCGCUCACCCUCGCCCGACAGAUAUUCACGCCGCAGACGCUACAGGUCUCGCUCCAGGUCCCGCUCCAGGUCUUACAGCCGCUGGAGCAGCUACAGAAGAGCCGAGAGCAGGUUUAGAUGCAAAUUUUCCCGAUCCCCAUCCAGAUCCUACAGGGGCCGGUCCAGAUCGAGAUCCCCAGUACGCUCUGUCAGUCUGAGCUUGCAAGAUAAAAGAGAACUCCUCAAAACUGCAAAGGUCAAUGCGAUGAAGAUCCUAGGAGUGGAGAAGCUGGAACUUCCUGAGAGUGUGAAGCCGAUCCUUUCAGAGCAGUCAGAAGAAUCCACACGUUUUUCACCAGAACCACUGGCAAGGGUGAGGCAAGGCCCUGAAAAGACUGCAUCACAGAGCAGUGAGGCGGAGCCUGAAGUGUCCAGCUCUAAGAUGUCCCCAAGAAGCAAAAUGAUCUCUUUCAGCAUGAAUAACUCUGUGGCGAAACCAACGGCGUCGUCUCCAUCUGGUGCUCGGCUAACUGCCAGAGCGGACAGCUAUGAGAGCAGGAAGCCCUAUGGCCACUGGAUUCCAGUCAAAUCAGUCCCGAGCUCUAGCGCACGCAAACACACUUCGAGCGCGUCACACUAGUGUGGCAGCCUACGCUGGCAGUGUAAAUACUGUAAAUAUUUUGUACAUAUCGUGAUCAAUCAUUUCAUGGUUGGUGUUUUCUUUCAGAUGUUAAAGAUUUAAGUGGGAAGAAGUGAAGAAUUCGUUCAGGUGGGAUUAUUUUCUUUCCAUUUGUGUAUGGUGCUGUUUAUAGAUUCAAUAAAGAUAUUUAAUUAAGAAA